AUGGCGGGAUUGGUACGUCUUCUGCGGACGCAGUACAGCCCACCAGCUGAACCCACAGUCUCGUUCGCCGGCAAGACGGUGGUUUUAACGGGCGCAACCGCCGGACUGGGCUUUGAAGCCGCCAUCAAGCUCCUCAACCUGGGGGUCGAGUCGCUCAUCAUCGGCAGCCGCAACCUGGAAAGGGGGAAAGCGGUCAAAGCCGAACUGGAACAGCGCACCAACCGACCCGGCGUGGUGCAAGUAUGGGAGUUGGAGAUGAACAGUUUCCAAAGCGUGAAAACAUUCGCGAGUCGCGUCAACGCGGAGAUCCAACAGCUGGAUGUUGCACUGCUGAAUGCGGGCCUGUGGAACCGGGAGUACACCGUGUCCGCCGAGGGAUGGGAGGAAACUUUGCAGGUCAAUACGCUAUCCACGUCCCUUCUGGCAGUCCUCCUACUUCCCAAGCUGAAGCAAAGCUCGUCCGCGGCGAAUCCCGCCCAUCUCUCUGUUGUAUCGAGUCAGCAGUUUGUCCGCGUCAAGGCAGGGAGUCUCCGGACGGAGGGGCCGUUGUUGAAGCAUCUGAAUGACCAGCGGCACUUCCGGGGACCGACGCAGUAUGGGAUUUCUAAACUGAUGCUUGAGUAUGUUCUGAAGACAUUGGCUGGCUUGAUGCGGAAUGAGGACGGGACUGUACCCGUGGUGAUCAACACCAUCAGCCCGGGCUUCUGCAAGUCCUCCCUUGGCCGACAGUAUAAUCGCUUCUAUGAGCGAUGGCUGGUCUGGUUGGUGUAUAAGAUGUUUGCCCGCACGACGGAGCAGGGCAGUCGGUCGCUGGUCAGUGCGACGUAUCAGGGCGUGGAAUCGCAUGGGAAAUGCUGGCGGAGUGAUGGAUACUUGGAUGAAUCCACCGCGUUGACGACGGGCCAGGAGGGGAAGGAAUUCCAGGCGAAGGCAUGGGGAGAGAUUAGGGAGAUCCUGCGCGAGCAAUCGGAAGAGAUUGACGCGAUUAUUCAGUAG